GGUGUGGUGGGAGUCGCGUUGAUUGUUCGAAUUAAUGGCAAUCGGUUGCAAUCAAUUUGCGGUCACUAAACGACACGGAGCGAGCGCUGUCUCGUCGUUCAGUUGUUAAUUCGUGAUAACAAUUAUUGUGUGACAUCGGAGAUUCGAACGAGAUGAAAUUUAGGCGAGAUAUUUUAAAUUAAGCCGCGCUGAUUUGUGACGCUGAGUGGCCGCUUGUCUAAAUACCGGCAAGAUGGUGCUCCAGUUCGAAGGUGCAGUUAAUAAUAUCAGUGAGGUGCAGCUGGCUUUCAUUCGCGACGUCCUAGAAAAAAGAGGAUAUAAAGAUACCAAAGUAACUAUUGAAGCAGUGGGAAAAGCAGGAGACAACUAUGUAGCCAAUGUUAAAAGAAUCAUUCUCAAAAAUGAACAUGGAGAAUUCAAAAUGAUUGCGAAAAUUGCCUCACAACAGGAAGAGUUAAGAAUGACCGCAGGUAUGCAGCAAAGUUUCAGACACGAACAUAUUAUGUAUACGUUGAUCCUUCCUAAAUAUCAACAGCUGGAAGAACAAGCAGGCUUACAUAAAAAUGACAGACUGAGAUUUGCAGAGUGUUACGGAUCGUUAUCCGAGCCACCGCAUGAAGUGAUCCUUUUGGAAGACUUGCAAGUAGCAGGCUUCAGCAUGAUGGAUAGAUUUACGCCACUAUCCGAUCAAUGCAUCAGGUCAAUGCUGAGAAACCUUUCUAUUCUGCAUUCUCUUUCAUUCGCACUUAAAUAUAAAGAACCAGAAACAUUCAAUGAAUACAAAAAUAAACUUAGUGACCCGCCAUCAAACGAAGAACCACGCAAAGAGCUACUGUAUUACUGGUCCCAUUUAGAAAACACUGCUGUUGGCAUAGUCGAGGGAGAUGUGAGAAAAAAGCAUCUUAACAAAUGUGUUAGCUAUGCUAUGUUGCAGAGUAGCAAGAUGUCAAAAGAAGUCAUAGGUGCAAAACAUUCCGUCAUCCAACAAGGAGAUACUUGGACUAACAACAUAUUAUUCAAAUUUGAUGGAGAUUCAGUCGAAUCAGUGAUGAUAGACUACCAAUUGAGCAGAGAAAACAACCCUACGUUCGAUCUCAUGCUCACGAUCUUCGGCUGCAGCGACCAGGAGACGCAGGUGAAAUACUUCAACGACUGGCUCGACUACUACCACUCGGAGUUAGACAAAAGGCUCCACGACUUUGGUCUGAAAGCCAACUACGUGUACCCUAGAGACCAGCUAGACGCUGACAUGAAGAGAUACGCCAAGAGUAUGCUCGGCGGAUUAGUUCUGUCAGCGACGCUUAGUGUAAUGCAACCUUCCAAUGCUCAGAAGGUUAAGGAUUCUCUUGAUGAGCAGUACAAGCCUGUUGACGAUGCAGAAAUGGAAGCUGCUAUUAAAGAAUUUUUGACAUUUGAUGAUAAACAUAAGGAUAUGUACAAGAAGAGAUUGGAAGGAAUUGUGGACAAUUUUAUCAAGUUUGGACUGUUGUAAAGAAUAUAAAAUUGAUGAAAGAUAUUUAUUUCUUAUACAUAAUUAAACUGUAUUGAGUUAACUAACUUGGGUCACUUCGCUACUGUGCCAAGGCUCUGUAGGCAGUAUAAUGCUAUUGCAAAAACGCAUGACCUUGACAUCACGGAAUUCCUAAGUACAGGAAAAAAGUCCUGCAAUUAUUACGUAAUCCCAAUAAAUAAUUAUAAUUAAUCACAUUCACCACCGCAUGUUAUAACAUAAGAUGCUA